ACUCCCGAUCGGAGCAGGGGACCCCCGCCCUGUCUCGUGAGACUGCCAGGAGCGCUGCUGCCUGUUGGUGAGGAAGCCCGCGCUCUCUCUUGUUCGUGUGAUCUCUGAAUCCCUCGCUGCGGGGAUGUCGUGCUGCGGCGGCAACUGCGGGUGCGGAUCCGGCUGCAAGUGCGGCAGCGGCUGCGGAGGGUGCAAGAAGUACCCGGAGAUGGCUGAGGUGACCACCACCCAGACUGUGAUCACGGACGUUGCACCUCCCAAGGGCCACGCCGACGGCGGGUUCGAGGGCGGCGCCGUCGCCGUCGCCGGAGGAGCCGAGAACGAGGGGUGCACCUGCAACCCCUGUACCUGCAACCCCUGCACCUGCAAGUGAGCUGCCCCCUGGCCAGAGGAGAUGGAAGGAAUCUAGCAGGAGUGUGUGUGUAUGGCUUUAUGUGUGUGUGGCUUUAUCUGGUCAGGUGUUACUGUAUGUGGCGUGCUUAAUAACCGCGUUGUGCAUGCUUAGUAGUAAUGGUGAGAACAAUAAGAAGCGAGAUGAGAUGGCGUGGCCGUCCUUCCUCUCCAGGCUCCAGCAGGGGGCCCUGGUUUCUCUAUUUGUAUGGUCUGUGGUGUUCUAGUGUCCUCUGUUGGUACCUAUCUAUGUAUGUAUCCAACUCUUGUGUUGUGCUCA